GUGCCAAAAAAAAUCGAAUAGAUACGUAUUAUUCUUCCUCCUUCUUAUCUUUUACAGAUAAGAAAACUAAGGCUCAGAGCCGGGCGCAGUGGCUCACGCCUGUAAUCCCAGCACUUUGGGAGGCCGAGGUAGGCGGAUCACAAGGUCAAGAAAUCAAGACCAUCCCAGCCAACAUGAUGAAACCCCGUCUCGGUGUUCGCAGCCGCCGCCGCGCCGCCUCUCGCUCGCUGAGCUCCAGCCGAAGGAGAAGAGGGGGUAAGUAAGGAGGUCCCUGUACCAUGGCUCAUACAAAGCAGACUGCCCACAAAUCGUCCGGUGGUAAAGCACCCAGGAAGCAACUGGCUACAAAAGCCGCUCGCAAGACUGCGCUCUCUACUGGAGGGGUGAAGAAACCUCAUCGCUACAGGCCUGGUACUGUGGCGCUCCGUGAAAUUAGACGUUAUUAUAAGUCCACUGAACUUCUGAUUCGCAAACUUCCCUUCCAGCCUCUGGUGCGAGAAAUUGCUCAGGACUUUAAAACAGAUCUGCGCUUCCAGAGCGCAGCUAUCGGUGCUUUGCAGGAGGCAAGUGAGGCCUAUCUGGUUGGCCUUUUUGAAGACAUCAACCUGUGUGCUAUCCAUGCCAAACGUGUAACAAUUAUGCCAAAAGACAUCCAGCUAGCACGCCGCAUACAUGGAGAACGUGCUUAAGAAUCCACUAUGAUGGGAAACAUUUCAUUCUCAAAAAAAAAAAAA